GAGGCGGGGAAUGGAGACGGAAGUGUCUCCCCACUGGCCCAGCUGUCAUCUAGAAGAGAGAGAGAGAAGACCCAUUUACACCGGCUGCUUAGGAAACCCAGAAAAAGGGAAAACGCUAAAAUAUGGCAACAUCUUAACGAUAAGGUCAUGACGACGAACUGAAGGAUAAAGAAGACGGUGAAAGCUGAAAACCUACAGGGCGUCCUAAAUGGGGGACUACGGCUUUGGAGUUCUGGUGAAGAACGGCAGUGGUAACAAAUCUGCGUUCCCUGUUAGGAUCCCUCCUCACCUCCAGCCACAGCACCUUCAGCACUCCUCCAACCCCCCCAGCCCUCCUUCCUUUGUAAACAACGCCUGCUCCACCAAUGGGGGCAGUGCUUGGCUCUUCCCUACCGUAGCCCAGCACGGUAACAUGCAAGAUGAGAUUCUGGAGUCGGACAAGUCCAAAGCCCUGGACCUCCAAGACAUGCAGGAGAAGUCCCAAGUUCAGACCCAGCCUCAGACUCUGUCUCCAGGCCAGCAGGAGGUCGGAGGAGGCCUAACGGAGCUUGAGGGGGCCCAUCCAGAAGAUGGCUCCUUGGAGAAGGGUUCCCUGGAAAGCAGUAUCGGAAAGGAGAAGUUAAGAAUCGAGUCUCCGGUGUUGAGCAGCUUCGACUACCAGGACACCCUGGGAAUGGCUACAAGCUGUGCACAGUCCAACUCUUCCCCGUCUUCGCUGACCAGCUUUAACAACUGGUCCCCUGCUGUUCCAUCUAACCAGUCUCCUGUUGUCGGGGAAGAUGUUGGCGCGUUCUUCGGUCCUGCUGACUCCAACACAAACGGCCCACCUCUACUGUUCCAGAACUUCUCUCACCAUGCCGGGCCUGGCUUCGGCGUAGGAGGUAGUUUCUCACCACAGAUCGGACCAGUCGCCCAGCACCACCCUCCCACACCCCAUCCUCAUGGUCAAGGGGUUCCGCAGCACCGCCGCUCCCCAGCUAGUCCUCAUCAACCCCAUCCUUCCUUCCCGCCGCACCCCCAUCGUGCUGGACCAUUCCCCCAGCUGCCCCAUCUUGCUCCUGCUCAAAACAAGCCCCCGUCUCCUUGGGGAAGUUACCAGAGUCUGUCCACUCCAACGUCCACCUCCUGGAGUCCAGGUGGCUACAGUGGCUGGGGAGGCACACAAGGUGUUCGAGAGUACCGGCGGGGCGUCGGGGGAGGGGUGACCAGCCUAAACUCCUAUUCCCCUUUGAAGAAAUCCUUCCCCAACAACCAGAUUCCCUCGCAGAAGUUCCCCAGAAAUACUUCUGGCAUCAACCACAAAGGCUGGGUUGAGGACAGCAUGAACCGCAACGACAGCGUCUAUUCUUUCCAGCAGGAUAGGACACGGUCUUUUGAUGGGUUCAACAUGCACUCUCUGGAGAACUCCCUGAUUGACAUUAUGAGGGCUGAGCAGGAUUCCUUAAAAGGACGCUACACUUUCCCACAUCAGGGUGGAGAUGUGCCUCUACCUUUGAAUGCAAGAAGUUAUGGCAGAAGACGAGGCCACUCAUCUCUAUUCCCCAUGGAGGACGAGCGCUCCUUUGGAGAGGAUGAGUCCGGUGACCAGGGGCUCGCUGGCCUCGGCUCCGCCCACUGCUUCCCACACCUCAACGGCGAGCGUGUGGAGCGCUACUCCCGCAAAGUGUUUGUUGGAGGCCUCCCACCGGACAUAGACGAAGAUGAAAUCACUGCCAGUUUCCGCCGAUUUGGUCAUCUCUUUGUUGAUUGGCCCCACAAGGCAGAGAGCAAGUCUUAUUUUCCACCAAAAGGAUAUGCAUUCCUGCUGUUUCAAGAUGAAAGCUCUGUGCAGGCUCUGAUUGACGCCUGCAUUCAGGAGGACGGGAAACUGUACCUGUGCGUCUCCAGUCCCACCAUCAAAGACAAGCCUGUCCAGAUUCGACCCUGGAACCUUAACGACAGUGACUUUGUAAUGGACGGCUCUCAGCCGUUGGACCCAAGGAAGACCAUCUUCGUAGGAGGUGUACCUCGCCCCCUACGUGCAGUUGAGCUCGCUAUGAUCAUGGAUCGUCUGUACGGGGGUGUGUGCUACGCUGGGAUUGACACCGAUCCCGAACUGAAGUAUCCAAAAGGCGCAGGGAGAGUGGCCUUCUCCAAUCAGCAAAGCUACAUUGCAGCCAUCAGUGCCCGAUUUGUUCAACUACAACACGGGGAGAUUGAUAAACGGGUGGAAGUGAAGCCAUAUGUCCUGGAUGACCAGCUGUGCGACGAGUGCCAGGGCACGCGCUGCGGGGGGAAGUUUGCUCCUUUCUUCUGCGCCAACGUGACCUGCCUGCAGUACUACUGCGAGUACUGCUGGGCAGCCAUCCACUCCCGGGCCGGACGCGAGUUCCACAAGCCGCUGGUGAAGGAGGGAGGGGACCGACCGCGACACAUCUCCUUCCGCUGGAACUAAGGCUAGAGGGAGGGAGCAACGCAUGAUCAGGGGAGGGAGUGCGAAAAAUUAGGGAAGGGGGUAUAGGCUGUAGUAUGAAAAAUAAAUGCACUUUUCUUUUAAGUUAAAAAAAAAACUAAUUUAUUUCUUUAUUUUUUUUAAAUUUGGCCAUCUAAAAGAAGUUAACAGAAAAGAGUCGAAUCCCAUUUAUGUUUUGACAUUAAGUGUGCAUGAGCAUAUGGAUGCAUUAGAUUUGAAUUUAGAUGUUUUGGGUAUUUUUUUCUUUUCUACCCGAGUGUACUUUUUGAUUUCUUCUUAGUUGGCAAAGCUGCUUACAUUUGUUGUUGAAAGUAACAUAAGAUUUUACUGAGGUUUGAUCACGCCUGAAUCAGUAUACAAACUGUGGAUGUUGAGUUUUUGAAAAGACGCAUUUUUCCUUACUUUGUGCUUGCAGGAUUUAAGAACAACUGUACCAUUUACCAAAGGUUGAGUGCAAAUGGUUGGAACUCUUGUUUCGGAUGGAUCAAUUUACUUUUUCCAAGUAGAUUAGUGAAUAGCCUCUGGUCACGGUAAAAAAAAACAAAACAACAAAAACACGUCGGAUAACAAAAAUCCUCCCUCGAGUUUGGCACACGUUUAAGAUUGUUGGCAUGAACUUUUAGGUCUUGGUUUAAAAGUUAACACUUGGAACCAGAAAGAGCAAACCAAAGAAUGGCCUAAAUCUGUAGUCCGAACAGUCAUUGAUCUGGGGGUUUACGUCGAGGUGGUCCUCUCGUUGGUUAACGGAGGCAAGGCUGGGGUUUCAGUUUGUAGUUUUCAGCUGAUUAAAGACACGGCCCUCAGGGCUCAGGUAUUGGCAGUAGUAUUUAUUCACUUUAUAUCGUCAGGGAUCUUAGCACUGGAAGCUAACAUGCUAAUGUAGUACUAACUAAUGGGAAUGCACAGUCCAGUCUCCCUGAGCUGUCCUCAUGGUGUACCACUGCACGCUCUACCGUGACUGGAGCUCUCUAUCACAAGUGUUGUGGUUGGAUUAUGGUAGUAGCUUGAAUUUGCUGUCACAGAGAUAAAGAUAUUAUUUUAUACAUGGCCUGCUGAUUUUUGUACAGUGUUUUAUAGCUGAUUAUUUUGUCAUGAACAUAUAUACAUUUAUUAUGCACUACUUUUUCUAAAUAUUUUUUUCAAUUGUCAUUUUAGGCACAUUUUUCACAAAUGGGAGAACUCCUUUUGCAAUACCUCAUUUUUUUCACUUUGUGGAAAAAUAAUUUUGUACCUUUGUUACUAAGAGAUCUGCAUUUAUGGUAAAUUUCAUUUAAAGAAAGUGAUUAAUAUAAUUUUUCAAUUAGCUUUUAUAUAUUUAAGUGCUGGUAAACCUGAAAAUUAUCUGUUGCAUUGGUGUAAUUCUGUAGAUAAAAUGGGAAAAAAAAAGUAAACAGAAAAAAUGAGGCUUUUCAGAAGCCUGUCGUAUACAGUUCUCUCUCCUAAUAAAUAUUAUUACAGGACCCUAAGGCAUGGCAAGACCUUUCUAAACUGAUUUUGAUAGUAUUGAGUAUAAUCUGAUAUUUUUCUCCUUGGUGUAGUCUAUAAGAGUCUCAUAAAACUAAAUGUUUGGCUUUGAACAAUGUAAAAUCUUCCCUUUUGCCACCAGAGUGGAUAUCAUCUGUUUUAGAUCUUCUUUCUGAAACUGCCUGUUAGUUCUACUUAUUCUCGGCAUGCAUAAGUGAUAACACGGCUAGUCAUAAUGCAGGACCUAACGUAAUGCACUAGAUCUUCUCCUCCUUUUUUUUUUUUUUAAAGGGAAAAAAAAAAAAAUCUUUUCCUAUCUCGUUGAGAUUGCCUCUCUUGUAGCGUCUCUCUACACGAUCGAGUCUGCCUUCCUUUACACAGACAUGUUUAUGCAAUAUACACCGUAACAACACUUUGGAUGUGUUUUUUGUAAUGUAUUGGACACUCAGUAGGACAUAGGUGAGGAGACAUGAUCACUUCACUCCCCCCUGACCCCCUCCUCCUCCUUUGUGAUGUGGCAUGCUUUGGGACAUAACCUGAAUGUUAUUUAAUGUUGCAAGUUAACUUUGAGCCAUUACGUGCAAUACUUCUUUCCAGAAACAGUUCUCCGCAGUGUACGUCAUUCAAUCAUAUAAAUCAUGCAGUCUUUUACUUUACUUUAAUUUUAUUUUCCUAUUGUUCAUGCUGGUGUCUGAAAAUAAAAGAUAAUUUAUACCUAAAUUUAUUUUGUAAACAUUAGUUUUGUGCUUCUUGUUUUGCUACUACCAUGCUACUGUGAUUGAAAACAUUGUAUAUAUACAAGGUUGAUGAUGUAUUUGGCAUUUGCUAUAUUUUCAACUGAAAUGUAUAACAUCAUUUUGAUCUGAACUUUUUGUUAUCUUUUUAUUUUGGGUGAAGUGUUAUACUCUAUCCAGUUUGAAUUGCUGUAACAAGCUUCACAUUUUCACAUGGAAAAAAAAACAUUGAUUAUGUCUUAGUCUGGCUUGAUUGCUAAAUUUCAAUAGUUUUUAAUUGAAGGCUGGGAAGGUUAUAUUUAUUAACUUUUUUUUUUUUUUUACCUGAUAUUUUGAUUUUUACUAAGUCAUUUCACCUUUAUAUGUAAGUUCCAAUUUUUAUAUUUUCUUCCUGAUUAAUUUUCGCUACAAUGCAGACGUCAGUUUUUAUAGUUGGUUUGUAGUAUUGAAGUAAAAGACCUAAAGUCAUAAAUUAAUUUGCUGCCAACUGUUUGUAACUGUAUGCAUACAUUUGAAGUAUUUGUAAUGUGAGAUGUUGAAUGAAUAAAACAGCUGUGAGGAAGAAAAUUA